CACAGCCGUCAAGGUCGUCGUUCUUUAAAGCAAACGCCAAUUCUCCCCCAAAAUCGAUUUUAUAAAUCCGCAUCGAAAAUAAAUUACCAUAAUGGUGGAAACCCCCUCCUUCAAGGUCCUCAUCAUCAACCCCAACACCUCCACCCACAUGACGGAUGCAUUAAAACCUAUCGUCGCCAGACUGAACUACAACGACAUCCAUUUCGACUACUUCACUGCCCCCUCAGAACCAGUCACUCUCCCAGAUGGAAAAGUCAUCGAUGGAGUCCCGAGCAUCAACUCCGGCGAGGACUCAGUCAAAUCAGCCCUCCACUGCCGGCCAUUUGUCACACCACUGAUCCCCAAAUACGACGCCUUCCUCGUCGCCUGCUACUCAGCACAUCCGCUAGUGGGCAUGUUAAAGGCGAGGAUAGCAGAAUUAGAAACCCAAGCCCGCCAGUCGGAGACAGGGGCUUUAUCGGUCUCGGGCGGCGAGAUCUCGUCCAAAACACGGAAAUAUGUUACCGGCAUUUUCGAGUCGAGUAUAUCAGCCUCGUUGACGCUGAUAAGCGCGUUUCAGCUGGAGGGAUAUGAGAGUGGGCGCAAGUUUCAAGCGCAAGAUACGUUUGGGAUUGUUACGACGGGGGCAGUCUGGAAAACAGAGCUUACAAAGGCUGUUACAAGUAUGCUUAAUGGCGAAAACGUAUCCAAGCUGUUUUCUUUACCGUCUUCCUCUUCGUCCUCUUCGGCGCCGCGCUUUGCGGGCGUAGAAACUACGGGUCUUACGGCGAUUGAAUUACACGAUACGCCGGCAGAAGAAGUCCGCAGGCGCAUGGUCGAUGCCACGGAGAAGCUGCUGAAAAGCACGUCGCGACCGGUGCGGGCUGUCUGUCUGGGCUGUGCGGGGAUGGCGGGGAUGGAAGAGGCGGUGCGCGCGGGUUGUGUCAAGGCAUACGGCGAGAAGGAUGGUGAGAGCGUGCAUAUCGUCGAUGGGGUAGUGGCUGGUGUUGGAUGGUUGGUGAACGCCUGCAAGGCGCGCUUUUGAUAGCCGAUAUCAGAUAAUCCUUGAUGUUUCCAUACCGAAGCGGUUAUUAUGGAUAUUCCGUUUUACACAUCAUCUGUUAUAAACCCCUUUUGCAUGUUCAACAACAUGACACAUUGGGUCUAUGAGUUUAUGGGUUUGUGAGUGCAUGUAAUCUGUAAUAAUUCUUCGGCAAUAAAUUAGUAUUCUUCGCAAUAAAUUAAUAUUCUCCGGCAUAAGGGCGGGACGAUACUACCUCUUAUAUAAUCUAGGGAUAUUGAACCUAUCCCCAAAUUGUUCAUGUGCGAUUAUUCUGGCGGUCGUUAACUGAUGUCACUUUUAGUGGGAAGGGGGACGAUGGCCGAUAAGGAAGGGCACCACUAUCAAUAUCAAAUCACUCC